CCACUGUGAGUACUGCUGAGUACUCCUAGAAGCACUGACAAUGGCCGCCUCAAUCACUUUCACGCCGAAGGCGUCACUAACAGACGCUCCCACCAACCUGAAGGAGGCCAUUGACUGGGUCCUGAGGGUGACUGGUAAGGAUGGUAAAGAACUGAACAAGGAAACAGAAUGCAUAUGUGGCCUGGCGGCGGCAGUGACUGACCUACUGCAGUCAGUACAACUGGAGUACCAUGUACCACUACUGGUAUACAGUACCUCAUGGUGUCCUAUAGGCUAUCAAGGUGAUGUCAAAGACAGUGCUACCACCAACAAAGGCGCCACUAAAGACGAAGUCACUAACCACCUCAAUGGACUCUUCUCACUAGUCCAGGGACUAGGUGGUGCCGCUGUGGUACGGACCUACAUAGACCAGCUGGCACAGGUACUCAGUGCACUCGUUGGGUGGAGUAAGAUAGAGAAGUGUUGGGGCAGUGGUAGCAGUGACAAGUGCAAGGGGACUAAUGGCAAAGGGAAUCAACAUGGCAAAAAUGAGUGCGAGUAUCUCAAGGAUAUAGAGGCGAAGAACAAGUGUGACAAAUGUGAAUGCAUGAAAUGGGACGUGGCCAAGGCGGAUGAUGAAAAGAAUGGACACCACCUGGGCAGGGGGUGCAAGAAAUGUGCCUCUGAUGAGGAGGCGAAGAAGGCGUGUGAGUGUGGUACUGGUGGCUGUAGUGCUGGCGAGGAGUGUAAAUGCGCUAAAGAAGGCAAAUGCUGCAAGUGUUGUUGUACGAGUUGUGAUGGGUGUAAGGAAAACGCAAAGUGUAGCUGUAUCGAAAAUGGGAAGAAUAGUCUUAGAAUUCGUGAACACAAAGACAGCUAUAGGUCAGCAUACGAGGUAGAACUAGUUUACGAAUGGAAUAUUGGUAAAGAAUACCUAGUAUGGCCAAAAUGGUCCGAUAGAAAAACUAGUAAAAAGCGAGCGGUGGCUGCACGUAACUUACUAGGCUCAGUAUGUCUCAUCUGGAGUGGCAUUACAUAUAUGUAUUGGACAGGCAAGUACCAUAAAAGUAGCCCACGGUGGAACAACCACAUUUUAAACGGCAGUGGUCUAGAUGAUGGUACACUAUCCCAGUGGUUACAGGCCCUAGGGUUUCCUAAGGAUAUGUUGAAUAACCAUGGGCCACAGAAUAGACUUGACAAGGUCAUAUGGGAUGGGAUUAUGGAUAAGUUAUAUUUGGGAUUCCCGGAUACUGGUAAGUGGAGUGCCGAAAGAGUCCAUGGCAAUGACACUGAUGCUAAUACAUUCAGACAACCAGCUGGUAUGAACUAUGCUGGAUAUAUACAUACCGUAGACAGGGGUGCAUUUUGCAAGGAUGGUACUGUCUUCAAGAAUGGCAGCUCUAGUACUAGUGAAGAAAACACCAACAAAUGUGGUGCCCUCUUCAAGCUCUAUAUUCUAUCAUGUGCCUACUUUACCGGGUUACAGAACAAAGCUCCGCCGAAGGCGGAAAAUAAAACUCCCAAGACCAUUCGGGAGAUCCUAUACUGGCUUAGUGCAUUGCCCUAUAGUCAGGCAUAUAAACAGAUACUGGAGCAUUCCAAGGAAGUAUUGAAGAAGGUAGCACCAAUGGUUGGCGAGAAAAAACAGCUUUCCUUUCACCAAACAGGCCGUUCAGCUCCAAUUACCGUCCAUGAAUACAACCUGUUUGCCCACUUCCAAGCAGUGACCCAGUAUUGCCCACUGGUACUCAUAGGUAUCCAGGGUGGACUAGGAAAAGGCACUGGCAGCACUAAGGAACCUGCCAUCCACGCCUUGUAUGCUAACACUGAGUGCAACUUCACCUAUCCCACUGUGUCCAUCCAAGCAUACAACCAGGUGGUUCACUACAUUAGGGCUCUGUUCUACCAGCUCUAUUUCCUUAGGAAGCAGUGUGCAGUUAAGGUCACUUGCGGAGGCAAAUGGCGUGAAUGUAGGUAUGGCAAGGAUGUGGUGUCCAAGGGGGUAAUCAGUUGGAUGUGCCUGGGGUGUGACCCCAUGGACCAUGAUAGGAAUUAUAGGGUACAGAAGGUGAAGGGGGAGUUGGAUGGGGUAAAGGAUAAGUCAGACGGUGUAGCAGAAAAGUUAAAGGACGUACUAGUGGCUAUAGGGAAUGUAGUGGUACAAUUGGGUAAUGCCCAGGAGGCAUUGGAAGGGAAGAAGACAGAGGGGAUUAAGGGAGUACAAGGGAAACUACAGGCGGCUAAGGAGGGACUAGUGGAGGCUAAGAAUAUGUUGAAUGGGGAUGGGCUGGAUGGUGAGAAACUAAAGGUGGCUAAGGAGGCACUAGAGAAGCUGACGAAUAGUGGUGGUAGUGGAGCACUAGAUACACUAGUGGGUGGUGGUGGUGCUGGGUCACUAGCGGCGACUACGAGCGGUGAAGAGUGGAGGAAGGAAUACAGUAGUGCCAAGGACAAGAUAAGCGAUGCUAUCCAUAAAGUACGGGAGGUGCUGUUAGCACUGGAGAAGGAACUGCCAGGAAUAAACGGCAAGCUCAAUGGCCACCAGGAUACACUGUUAACGGCUAUCAAAAAAAUUGUUGACGUCAUAGGUGAUCCCAACUGCCCAUCAUGUAAAGAUCACAAAGAUAAGUGUGGCCAAGAGGGAGUGAAAAGGAUGUGUGACAAAUGUCACCAACAAUACAUGGACGGCUUUCCCUCCCCCCUCCAGGCAUUCCUGGAGGAUAGGUUGCCAGGUUUUAGUUGUAGUGAAGUACCAGAAGGUGAAGACCCAGAGUACCCACCGGCUGCAUCCCACUUAGGACACUGUGGUGGUUCCGGCCAAUGCUGCCCCUUGCCAAUGGGUUUCAGGAAUCAAUUCUAUAGUGGCAGCACCAGCGAUUGUACCGGCCAACGCCUUUAUGGCAUCCUGUACUUCUUCAGUAAUGAGAACAUGAUGCAGUCGUGUGUUUAUACACUAGUGAGAGUUACAGCAGCACUCAGUGCCACGACACCACAGGUACUGGGUGAUGUAUUCGGGUUCUUUAGGGGUGGUGUAGGAAAUCCAGUGAAGGGAAAGAACAAACAGGAAAGGAAUGUGCCGUGUGGGCAUACAGGCGAUCCGUCUCAGAAAGGAGAAACUGAUUACUAUUGCGGCUGGUGUGCCUCUGGGUUGCGGGAAGAAGUAAGAAAGAUAGAGUGGAUACCCAAGGGGAAUGAAAUGGAUGGAGGGAAAUACAGAACAAGUGUAGGAGAAGCACUGAUUAAGAUUAAGGGCGACAAAGCCGGUGUUACCACUGGAUAUUCCAGUAAUGGAACCUCUCCAUCCGCCCUCUCCGCACUGACCAAGGACUCAGAAUACGUCUCCCCCCUAACCGGUGAACUGUACACCGCAGUGAGUGCCACUUUCGGCGGCACAUACCUCUCAUGGGUACUGUAUCUAUCAGAUGCACUUGAAGGUGGAUUACGUUCACUGUCUGACGCAUUCCAACAGAUUGAAUGCCGGGGCUGCAAAGGACAAUGUGACCCCAAUAAGUGCAGGAAGGGAGAACACGGUAGCAAUGGCGGUGGACAGUGUGGAUGCCAGUCGGUUGUAUCAUGUACCGGGGUACUACCAGUGUUGUAUAGACAUGGCUUCAGUUACGGUAACCCAUUCAAUCUGGAGGGGUAUUAUCAGAAGGAUGGAAGCAAAGAGGGGGAUUAUAGCAUAGAGAACACGAAGACUACUAAGCACUGUCACGAGUUCCUAGAAAGUCUAAGCAAAGUACUAGAUGAUAAGCAGGCCACCUCUCAGGACCACCCCCUAACCAAUCUCCUCUCCCAGGUCGGCAAGCUCCAAUACGACAUACGGCUCCCCUGGAUCUUUGUGCUCACGAUGGCCUGGCUCGUGGCGGUACUCUACCUAGCAUUUGGAGCCAUAUGGCCACUGGACUGGACACAUAUGAGGUCGCAUUGGUUACGGGGUGGAGAGCACCACUGGCAAUGUAUGUGGUAUAAGGUGAUGACGGGACGCAAAGGAAUGGAACUCGUGGAGUAUUUUGGUAGAAAAUAGUGGCGCCUUCGGCGCAACGGUGCUAAAUGAUAUACACUAGUGUCACUCACUAUAUAUAGUAGCGGUAUAGGUAGUGAUCCUAUAAUGGG